GUAAAGUAAGAAUUGUUUUAUUUACAUUUUCCAACAAAUAUCCAUUCCCUUGUACUCCGGGAAAUUGAAAGUUGAAACACCAAUAUUACAAGCAAUCUUCUAAAGCAGCUGCAGCAAGUCUUGAAACCAACUUUGAUUUGAUCAUGGAAGAAUCUGAGACAUACCCAAAAGAAUACUUGUCCCCACAACCAAGAAGAGUCACCUCAAUGUCAUCAUCUGUUUCAACAACGAGUGUCCAUGUAACUGCCUUGGACGGGCUAGUGAAUGUGAACUCACUUUUCACCAUUGCAGUCUUUGUGGGUCUCUCUUUAACAACACCUGGACAGAAAAGUCUGGAGGAUCGCACAGCCUGCGAUGCUGGGAUUGAUGUAGUUAAGAAGUUGUUGGUUUUUGAGGUGGUGUCAUUCAGCUUCUUUCUCUUCUCCUCACUUGUUGCACAGGGCCUCAAAUUGGCAAUUAAUUUGUUGAAUAGCAAAGAUGUUGAUGAGGCUUUUAGGGCUCACAUCAAUUUGAAGGUGCUCAGGCUUGGAAUGAUGGCCUCUGCUAUUGGAUCGGUAAUGGGGUGUUUAUUCUUGAUGCUUUCAAUUGUCAAUGUCAUUCAGAUUCGCCUCGGGGUCUUAUCUUGUGGAAGUAAAUCUGCUAUUCAUGCUGUCUCCACCUUGCUCGUUCUGGUCACCUCUGCUCUUGUCGUUUAUAUUUCUACUGCUAUAUAUGCAUUUCUGCACUAAAGUGAAAGAGUAUCAAUUUUGGUAUGUUAUUUUUUGGAUUUUGUUCAAUGUAUAACAACUAUUGGGCCUGAAACUCCCAACAUAUGUGAUCUUUGAAACUUUUAAUUAUAGAGAUGAUUUAGGUCAUUACUGUUUGAAUUUAUUA